AGUUUUGCCCACGUGUAGUGGUCAGGACAUUUUGGAGGUGGGAAAAAGUGUUAAAAUCUCUCAGAAGGAGCAGUAGCCAUGUCUCGAAUGAAGAUAGAGGAGGUUAAGAGCACUACCAAAGUGCAAAGAGUAGCAGCUCACAGUCACGUCAAAGGUCUAGGCCUUAAUGAAGAGGGCGUGGCCAAACCAGUCUCGUCAGGUCUGGUAGGACAAGAACUAGCCAGAGAAGCUGCUGGAGUAAUCACCGACCUCAUACGAACCAAGAAAAUGGCCGGUCGAGCCGUUCUAUUAGCCGGACCCCCAGGGACAGGAAAGACUGCUCUAGCUCUGGCUAUUGCACAAGAUUUGGGUCCAAAAGUCCCAUUUUGUCCGAUGGUUGGGAGUGAGGUGUACUCGUCUGAAGUCAAGAAGACCGAGGUUCUCAUGGAGAACUUUCGUCGGGCGAUCGGUCUCCGUAUUAAAGAAACAAAAGAGGUUUACGAGGGAGAGGUGACGGAAUUAACACCUUGUGAGACCGAGAACCCGAUGGGAGGGUACGGGAAGACCGUCAGUCACGUAGUCAUUGGACUUAAGACUUCAAAGGGAACCAAACAACUCAAACUAGACCCGAUGAUCUACGAGAGCCUCCAAAAAGAGAAAGUCCUUGUUGGCGACGUCAUUUAUAUCGAGUCAAACAGCGGAGCCGUUAAAAGGCAAGGCCGAUCGGAUACGUACGCUACCGAAUUUGAUUUAGAAGCAGAAGAGUAUGUUCCUUUACCAAAAGGUGACGUUCAUAAGAAGAAAGAAGUGGUUCAAGACGUGACGCUUCACGAUCUUGAUGUUGCUAACGCCCGCCCACAAGGAGGACAAGACAUAAUGAGUAUGAUGGGACAACUUCUCAAACCUAAGAAGACGGAAAUCACAGACAAGCUACGUAAAGAAAUCAACAAGGUCGUUAAUCGUUACAUUGAUCAAGGAGUGGCCGAGCUUAUCCCUGGGGUAUUAUUCAUUGAUGAAGUCCACAUGCUUGAUAUUGAGUGCUUCACAUACCUUCAUCGUGCGUUAGAGUCAUCGCUAGCUCCCAUCGUCAUAUUCGCUACCAAUCGUGGGAACUGUCAAGUCAAAGGUACUGAUCUAUCAGCUCCUCAUGGCAUGCCGAGGGAUCUACUGGACCGUAUUAUGAUCAUACGUACUCUGCCUUACUCUCAGAGUGAGACGGUUCAGAUACUCCGUAUCCGUUCGCAGACCGAGGGUAUUCAAAUUAACGACGAGUCUUUGAAUAUUCUCGGUGAUAUUGGAGUGAAGACGACACUUCGUUAUGCUGUACAGCUCCUAACACCUGCUAGUAUACUAGCUCGUAUUAAUGGGCGUGACUCCAUUGCUCCAGAGGAUGUGCAGGAGAUUAACGAGCUGUUCUUUGAUGCAAAGUCUUCGGCAAAGAUGCUGGCAGAGCAAGAGGAUAAGUACAUGAAAUAAAGUGAAGGAGAGACUCAAUGGUAACUGUUCAUUGCAUUCACUUAUGUAAAUAAGUAACUUGAAACAUACUGUACAUGUACAUAUAUCAUGGUAACUAGUAUGUAAUGUCUAGUCUACUCUUAUUAUUAAUAUUAUGUGUAAUGUAUACUAUUGUUGACAUGCAAAAUUAAUUUAUUAUUAA